GCCUUGGGACUGCACUUACCACAUACAGUCUUACAUAAAGUCUCUUUUAGUGAACAGUGGACUAGUUCAACAAAACAGACUUCAUAUAAACACCAUAAUGAACUUUAUUUUACUUUCACACUAUCCGUUGUGACCCAGAUGAGGACGGGUUCCCUUCUGAGUCUGGUUCCUCUCAAGAUCUUAAUGAAUUUUGACCACCGGCUCGCUCAAUAGAGAUAAAUUCACACACUUAAAAUCUCUAUCCUGUGUUUAUAUAUUUCUGUAAAGCUGCUUUGGGACAAUGUCCAUCGUUAAACGCGAUAUCCAAAUCAAAUGAAAUAGAAUCGAAUUGAACUGAAAUACUGAGCUGAAGUGAAAUUCGGUGCUGUCUCUUUAAGAGCUCGUGUCCCGCCUCGCCCUUGAAGUUCGGCGCGUGAACAUAUGAAAAAGUAUGGAAAAGUGCUUUGACAAGGAAGUAGCUUACUAUGUGGUAUUUUAUUUAAACCAUAAUCACACACCUUCACACACAUUCACUCACUGACAACAGGUUUACAUUUUAAACGGCGGAAGUUUGGUUGUUUUAGCCCUAAAUCCACCGCGACGUUGUCUGGGUUUUGACAGCUUGUUUGUUUAUGUUGCUAGCUGGCUAACGUCGUGUACUUACAAACUUUUCUUUUCGAGACAGGAGACUAGUGCUUAAAUGACCUCAAAACACCAGGCUGUUUAUUUUACACUCGGAAAUAAACUAAAAAGCUUUCCUGUCCUCCACACUGUAACUGUCCUGCUGAAAAAAAAACAACCGAAAAACCUCAUAAUAUCUGUAAUGGUUUUUAAUGGAAGCUCUAAUGGUCCCUGCAUGGGCUUGCCUGGACUAGGAUAUCUCAGCACGGGCCCGUCUGGUGAUGUGGUUCGAUCUCAGUCAUGGCGCUGGAGAAAGAGACGAGGUGUCGCGUUUAUCUUUUGACAUUCCCAGAUUGACACUCCUGCUCUCCUGCUUUGCAAGCCAAAUACGAAGUCAAAAAGAAACGAGAGGAUGGAGAGAGAGGACGAGAGGACGCAGCCGUCUACGGGAGACGAGGAAAGACGGGAUCGUACGAGGGCCGUGAGAGUAAAUGAAGUGAUGACUGUAGAACGGGAUCACGGAGAGUCCGGAGCAGCGUCAGAUCCGGAUCGGAGACGGCAUACGGAAGGCGUGGACGAACUGGAACAGGAACGAAACCCUGAAGUGGCGCGGGAAUCAGGAUCGAUUCGAAGCUUUCUUCGUGGACGUGCGGUCGGAAACGGAGAAGCUUUCCACGCCUUCACGUCUCCUUCUUGUAGCUCGUCUUCGUCCCCGUGCCCCUCUCCUUCUGCUCUCCUUUCCACUUUGUCUCUCUCCUCCUCGUCUCCGCAGCCCUCUCUCGCGCCCCCGCUGAAGCUGGAUGCAGUGUUGGUGGACGAGAGGCUGGUGUUGGACGUGUAUCAGCAUGGGGGCGCGGCGAUGCCCGCUCUGUGGGAGAGCGCUCCAGAGCGGAUGAAGCGGGUACAGUAUGUCCGACUGGGCUCCGAGGACGAAGGAGCGCUGGAAGGUUCUCUCGGUGUUCUCCCUCAUCUUACUCAGCUGCGCUCGUUAGCCAUUCGAGGCCACCGCUUCUAUGAUGCCCAAGGUGAACCCCUUCCUGGCCUGCUGACCUCUCUCCCUCCUUCACUCUCCUGUUGUUCCCUCCUCGUCCACCUCGACCUCUCUUUCAACCGCCUCUCGUCUCUCCCGGCCUGCCUGCUCUCUCUCCGUCACCUCUCCGAGCUCCUGCUCUGCCAUAACCUCCUGAUCGGCCUGCCUGGAGAAGUGUGCGGCCUGGUGGCCCUGCGCCGUCUCAGCGUGCUGGGAAAUAAACUGCAGACUCUACCUUCACAGCUUGGUCUUCUGCAUGCGCUCCAGGAGCUGGACGUGUCCUUUAACCAGCUGGAGAGUCUACCCGAUGAGCUCGGCCUGCUGAAAAACCUACACGCGCUGGAGCUCUCGUCCAACAGGCUUCGAGAGCUGCCCGAGACACUGGGUUCUUUACACUCUUUGAGGGUGCUGGCAAUCCACAGUAAUGAGUUACGGAGCAUCCCAGAGUCUGUGAAAUCCCUCCCUGCGCUAACUAGACUGGACGUACGAAAUAACCCACUGGGCCGACCCCCGACCCCCCCGCCACUCCCUCCCGCACCAGCAGCUCAGACCGACUCCCCAGUACCAGAGUUACACCUCGCCUUCAACCAGCACAAGUUUUCCGUGUCUCCUGCUGGAUGUCACGUGUUUCUUCCUGGUGGAGGAGAGCUCUUGUUUCCACGGGGCUGCGUUAAGUUCUUUACACAGUUCAAAUGGGCCGAGAGAAAACCAGACAGGAAGUGGAUAUGGCUGGAGGAGCAUGAUUUCCUGCUCAGCCGUCCUCUGGAACUGCUUCCCCACGGUGUUGCGUUCGACAAGCCUGUAGAAGUGUGUGUUCCUUACCACAGGACCCGGAAAGGUGAGGUGAUGGUGCGCAGGUAUGAUGGUCACGCUUGGAGUACACUACCCACCCAGACCAGAAGAGGGAGCCACAGGCACAGCUGUAGGCCACGGGGCCGACCUGCACGGCUGGCGUGCUGCACUGUCACGCACUUCUCCUGGUUUGUGGUCAUCUCUCGUCCCGUCAGAGACUGUUGCUCGGUGUUGCCAGAGGGGGCGCUGCUGGUGUCUCGCUAUGACCCUGGGAUCAAACUCACUUUUCCUGCGAACUGCACAACACAUGCACGCACUGUCACACUGCAGGUGCUUCAGGUGGCGCAGUCUGAGGUGCAGGAUCUGACAGGAGACCCACACGCCAGUGCAAGCCCCCUCCUCUGCCUCUCCCAAACUCCCAGCAUGCACUUCCUCCAGCCAAUCAAAGUGCAGAUCCCCCUUCCACCUGGACUUACUGGACUCACGGUGGAUAUGUCUCGGCUGCACCUGCUGCACGGUGACCCUGUGGCUCACACCUGGACUGAUGUCACCGCUCAGGUGUCUCUAUACAUCACACAUCUCUAUGCCAUCUUUUCUGUCACACACUUCUCCUGGUACUGGCUGUGGUACACCACUCACAGCUGCAUUAGUGGAGUGGUGAGGAAAGUGUACCACAGACUAAAGCAGUUCAGGGUUCAGUUUCUGGUGCUACAGAGAAAAGCAGACUUCACACAAGUCCUACUGCAGUGUCUGCCUUCAGAUAAGAUCGACAGUAGGUUCGCAUCUCUAUCAGAGCAGUAUGAUGGUCCUCAGCCUUCAGAUGUGUGUAACCUGUUGGAAGGAGAGCAGUUCUUUGCUGGGUUUGAGAGAGGCAUUGACAUCACCUCUGAUCGACCGGACUGCAGAGAGGGCAGACUGGCCUUCACCUUCUAUUCUCACCUGAAGAACAUCAAAGAGGUGCACGUGUGCCCGACACACCAACAAGAGGGAACCGUCCGAGGACAGGUAUCGUUCUACAGAGGCGACGUACCCAAUGACCUUCCAGAGGAAGUGGCUCGGAAAAGGAAAGGCCACGACAGCCAGUGGAUGGCUACGCUCCCACUUAGACUUCCUGGUGCUGACCAGGAGGGCAGUGUGUACGCAGAGCGGCAGUACCCACCGCUAAACCUCGGCGAUCCUGAGAGCGGAUACCUCACAGAGACCAACCUUCUGUCCAUCUCAUUUCGCAUCAGCCAGGACUGGCGCAGCAUCGGCAUCAACCUGGGCAUCAGCUAUAACGAGCUGGAUCGCAUCCAGUUCAAACACAGAGAUAACCUAGGAGCCAUGGUGUUGGAGAUGCUCUUCCAUUGGGCGAGAGAGCAGCAGAAGGCGGGAGCAGGAGCGGUCCCACGGCUGAUCGAGGCUCUAAUCGAGAGCGGGAGGCGGGACCUUGCUGAUGAAGUACAGGAUAUAGUGAAUCUGGGGAAAAUGAAGUACACCGAGUCCCUGAAGAGAGUUGGCCUAGAGACAGAGACCCCGGGAACCUCUACUCAGUCUCAAUUAAGCUGACACACACACACACACACACAAAAGGACAGUAUGGAGACCUCUCCCAGGUGCCAAUAUUCACAAAUCACAAUAAUGGUGCUGGCCAUUUGUACACUGUACAUUUAAUAUUUUAAAGAGCCUAUUAUUUAAUGUAACACACACACACACAUUUCUCUGCAGUGUCGCAGCUGUCAGGUUUUCCACUGUGAGAUCGUUGCUAUGCCUAAGCUGUUGUUGGGCUGAAUCAGCUCCUCACACACAUCCGCUGAACAAACUUCUUCCACUUCGCCUCUCUGCCUCCUGAAGCCUCACUAACUUCAACUGGAACCAGACAAGUGCACUGAACACUUCCUGUUGCCAAUGUGUUUCGUUUCUGAUCACUGAUUGGAACCAUGCCCAAACUACAUGAUAUGGCCAAAAGUUUGUGGACACCUGACCAUCACACCCAUGUGUUUCCUAAAAUCAGGGACGUCCAAUCUUAUCCAGACAGUACCAGUGUGGGUGCAGGUUUUCAUUCCAGCCAAGUGGAAGCCAAGACAACGAAUUAAACAUGUGGAAUUAAAAAGGCGUGGCCCCUGCUUGACGGGAACGAAAACCCGUACCCACACAUGAUUGGACACCGCUGCACAAAAUGUUCGAAGCACACAAUUGUAUAGGAUGUUUUUCAGAAUCUCUUGUAUAGCCAGUAUGUUUUAUAUGCAGGAACUUUUGGUCAUCGUCUUGUACCUAUAACAAAACAAAAAACCUCACCACGCUAACGAGAGCUUCCAGGGAGCUGUAGCAUUACAGUUUCCCUUCACUGGAACUAAGGCGUGGAUCCCAAAACCUGUUCCCUGCCCCUGUGAGCAAAGCGAGAUCCAUGAAGACAUGGCUUUCCAAGGUUGGAGUAGAAGAGCUCCUGCACAGAGCCCUGACCUCAACCCCACUGAGCACUUUUGGAAUAAACUGGAACCCCAGGCGUCCUCACUAACACUCUUGUAGUUGAGUGAACACACAUCCCAACCGCCAUGCCCCAAAAAUCUAGCGAAAAGCCUUCCCAGAAGAGUUGAGCUUAUUAAACAGCAAAGGGGGACUAAAUCACUUUUUUAAUAAGCACUUGUGAGGUGUGAGAUUCGGGUGUCUGCAUACUUUUGACCAGGAGUGUGCUGUGUUUGUUGAACAGUCUCUGUGUUUGUAUGCUUCAGUAUGAGUGUUUUAUGAAAUAAAUGUGCUGUGAGGUAAUCCCAGA